AUGACCCAAUCAAACGAACUGGUGGUAAAGUUCGGACGUUCUGUAGACAAUCCGACGAUUUUAGGCGCUUUGGAAGACCUGUGCAAGAUAUAUUCAUUAGACGCAGAUGAGCUUUACAUCAGGUGGGAGCAGUACUCCUAUCAGAAGCAGAAGAAACUGGAAGACCUAGAUCUCGAGGCGAUCAGUGCUUUCAAGCAUGCUAUUCAGCAACAGGUGGAAAAGAAGGCUAAUUCUAUGGGACAGUCAUCAUCAGCUUCUUCGUCUGCGGUCAAAAAGACAAAGAAUUUGAAGCCAACCAUGUCAAGUCCUUCAUUAUUCGGAUUAGGAAUCCCCAAGACACCAACUGUAAAAAAAAGGCGGGUAGAUUUCACGCCAACGGUCUUAAAAGACGAAAACUCUCCCGUGGCGUCUUCUGCAGGCCAGAAUGAUGCCUUUUUCACCCCAUCCAUGGGGUUGAACUCUAUCAAACAGUCUCCUUCAUCGGUAUCGGCUAUGCGAUUGAACAAUCCAGAUCCCGGAAAGACUGUUGAUACUUUGAACUUGGCAAACAUGGAGGAGGCCAGAGGCAUUGAUUUAGAGAAGUCCAACAACAUCAAGCUCGCUCCCUAUUUCGAAGCUUCUAAAUUCCAUUUCAGAACAAUGCGGCAAAAUCUUUUAGAUGCUGCUGAUGUACUUGACGAGCAAAUUGAGAUUUUUUCAAACAUUAUUCAAGAGCAUUACAAAAUACCUGCCAGUGAUAUUGGAGACCCAUCGGUUCAGUCUCGAUCUGAAAUUAUAGCUGUAGGAAGAAUUGUCGCCGAUUCGCCUACUGCAGAUGGUAUCUUGAACACUGAGUCGCUCGCACUUGAAACGUCCAGACUUACUGGUAUUGGCCGCCGGAUACAGCUCAAUCUUGGUCAAAUCAAAGAGCUGACGCUAUUUCCUGGCCAGAUAGUUGGACUGAAAGGGAAAAAUGCUAAUGGAGAAUACUUCGUUGUUGAAGAAAUCCUUCAAAUUCCCCAGUUGAAUUUUCCGGUAUCUACCGGCAGCGAGCUGCAGGCUUUCAGCGAAGCAAUCGGACAUAGCACAACGAAGGUGGUAGUCACAAAAGGACCAUAUACAUCCUCAAGUUCCUUGGACUACAGUAAUCUAGCCGAUUUCGUAAAAAGAAUAAACACAGAAAUUCGUCCCAAUGUCGUUGUCAUGUUCGGUCCCUUCGUCGAUGUCACUCAUCCCUUGAUUUCCAGCGGCAAGAUAGGAGACUUCCCAAAUUUAAAGUCCCAGCCCAAGACUCUUGACGAGAUUUUUACAAAAGUAGUCACUCCUAUCUUGAAAGAGAUAAGUCCUGUGAUACAGGUAGCACUAAUACCAUCUACGCUCGAUGCAAUAUCCAAUCAUGCAGCAUACCCUCAAGACUUAUUUGAUAGGAAGCAGUUACAGCUACCGAAAAAUUUCAAGUGCUACACUAAUCCUUCUACAUUUCAACUAAACGAAACGCUUAUAGCAUGCUCAAAUGCUGACGCCUUCAAAGAUACAAAAGAAAUUGUCAAGGGAGGCAAUACGAGCUUGAAAAACAGGUUUGAUAGGAUUGCUGAACAUAUACUGUCUCAGCGCAGGUUUUACCCAGCUUUUCCAGGUGGACUUAAGAGGCGCAAGGUUCGCAGUGAGAAUGGCGGGGAAACAUGGGAACAUGCGUCUGGCGUUGAUAUUGAUGUGCCUUACAUGGGUCUUACUGAGUUCUCAGGUAACAUCAACCCAGACGUUAUCUUGAUGCCCAGCGAAUUGACUCAUUUUGCGCGCGUGGUGCAGAAUGUUUUGUUCAUUAAUCCUGGCUCAUUCAUAAGAUCGUCUGGAGUAAGGGGAACAUAUGCCCAGAUAUCUAUAACUCCGCCAGAUUUGCAGGAUGGCACGCUUACCAAAGUUGAGGAUGAUGCAGAUGUAUAUUUGCACAAUAUUUGGAAGCGGAGCAGGGUCGAUAUUAUAACAGCGUAA